UUUCGCUCGUUAUUUCUGUCAUUCGUUCGAUCGUGUGCAAUCGAUACACAUGUGAAUCAUUUGCGGAGAAGUUCAGUAUACAGUGGAGCUGUACGGAGUUCGGGGGAUAUGCCAUACAUACGUAUGUAUGAAGCAGUGCGUUUAUGGCUACUUAGAUGUGUAUUGAACAGCAAUAGAAAUGUAAACACAGCAAAAAAUGCUGUUUCGCUCACACUUAUAGCGUAUGCACAGUAUCUCCGCCGAACUCCGCACAGCUCCGCUGUGCACUGGAUAUAUCCGCAAAUGGUUCAUUUGGGCAGAAGUCAAUAAUGUAUAAUUUAAAUAAGAAAAUGUCAAAUAAUACCAAUUACGUCAUUUGGUUCGUCCGAUUAGACGAUCCAGCUCAUUUCAAUGAAAAAGGUUAUCUGAAAAACGAUUCAGUUGUAACUAGAGCACCGCACAGAUAAGGUCACAUUUUUGACGUAUUGCAAAAGCAAUUGGUUUGCCUUACAAAGUUUCUUACAAAGAGUGUGAUCUUAAAUAAUUGGUUGUGUGUAAACAAGUUCUUUUCUGUCGAAAAGCUGAUUUGUUUUCAUCGCAUAUUGUGUGUUUAACGUAAGAAGAUGAAUACAGUUGGAUCCGAAGUAAGUGGGUUCAUUGGAAUUCUUAUCGUUCAAGUAACCAUCCUGAUUCUAUAUGGCAUUUUCGUCCGGUAUGACUAUGAAAUGCUACCAAGUGGCGGGAAAAAUGAUACUGCCACAUCCGAAGAAAUGUUGGCCAGCAUUGAAAAGGAGCAUCGUGUCAGCUACCCACACUUUCAGGAUAUUCACGUGAUGAUUUUCAUUGGUUUUGCGUACCUAAUGACAUUCCUCAAAAAGUAUGGAUUCAGUGCAUCGAGUUUCAAUUUGCUGGUUGCCGCACUCACUAUUCAAUGGGCUUUUUUGGCCAGAGGUAUAUUUCAGCUCGACAAUGGCCUAAUUCGCAUUUCCCUGACUCGUGUGAUUGAAGCAGAUAUCGCAGCGGCUGUUGUUUUAAUCAGUAUGGGCGCAAUGCUGGGUCGCACAACGCCCAUCCAGUUGCUGUUCAUGGCUCUGAUUGAAAUUGUUGUUUAUGCAUCGAACGAAUACUUUCAGCUGGAGUUGCUAAAGAUUACAGAUGCUGGCGGUUCGAUAAUAGUGCAUGCCUUUGGUGCAUAUUUCGGUUUGGCUGUGAGUUUGGUAAUGCGACCGACACGCCAGGAAAACACGGUCGGCACAAACGAGGGAUCAUCCUACAUAUCCGACGUAUUUGCAAUGGUCGGCACAAUAUUUUUAUGGAUAUUCUGGCCGAGCUUCAAUUCAGCAUUGUUGGACGAUAUCACGCAACAGCAUCGGGCCAUUUGCAAUACAUAUUUAUCCUUAGCUGCCGCCACGGUAACGACAUUUGUUGUGUCUGCUAUUGUUAGUCAUCAGCACAAAUUGGAUAUGGUUCAUAUACAGAAUUCAACAUUAGCCGGAGGUGUAGCCAUUGGAUCAGUUUGCAACUUGCUUAUUUCACCUCAUGGUGCCUUACUAAUUGGCACCAUUUCAGCCAUUAUUUCAGUGUUCGGCUAUCGGUAUCUAACGCCGUUGUUGAUGUCGAAGCUCCGGAUUCAUGAUACGUGCGGUGUACACAACCUGCAUGGACUACCCGCAGUUUUAUCAGCAGCAUUUUCCAUUUUUUAUGCCUGGAUCGCUUCAAUUGACAACUACAAAGAUUCACUCAUGGAUAUUUUCCCAGCAUUGAACCAUAAAAAUUCAACAUAUGCCCUUGAACACAACACAACAAGAAUUGUUGGGGGUUUUGGACGCACUGUGGCCGAACAGGCUGGCUAUCAGGCACUGGGCAUUGUAUCAACUAUCAUAGUUGCUGUGAUUGGUGGACUCAUCACCGGAAUGAUAUUGAAUUUACCGAUGAUGCGCAACUUAAAGAAGGAAGAACACCACGAUGAUGACAUUUAUUAUAAUGUUCCCGAAGAUUUUAAGCACAUUUAAGAAACAAUGAUGAAAAAAAUUAUUAAAAAAAGUUCCUACUCCUACAUGAUGCUUUGUUUUGAAGAAAUACAUUUAAGAAUAAUUAUUUUUGCAAACCAAUAAAAACCAAAAAAAAAAAUA